UCAGGAUACUGCGUAUUGCGGAAAGAAUGCGAGCAACGUUUUUUCAGGUCAAUUCGAGUGGCCGCAAUACGCAGUAACCACAGGACGCACAUUGUGCGACCUAUGUAAUUUUUGCAUUUGGCGCGAAGACCUAGCAAAGCAAGAAACGAUGGCUCGGGACGACGACGCGGAGCCCUCGCAGAUCCUCGAGCACGUGUUCCUCGGCUCGCGGACGCACGCGCGUGACAAGGAGCUACUGCAGCGUCUCCGUAUCACUCAUAUCUUGAACGUGACGCCCCCGAAGAAAAUGGAUCCGGUGGCUGGAGUGCCCAAUUUUUUCGAGAAGGACAAAGUUUUCACGUACCGACGUUGUUCCAUCUUCGACAACAAGGCGGAGGACAUUUCCGGGGUGCUGGAAGGCUGUAUCGCCUUCAUGGACCAAGCCAAAUACUAUGGUCGGAUACUCGUGCACUGCAACAAAGGAGUGAGCCGCUCGUCGUCCAUGGUCGUAGCUUACCUCAUGAAGCUACGUUCCAUGAGCUUCGAGCAGGCGUUGGCUUUUGUAACUGAGCGUCGUCCAAUAGCCAACCCAAACGAAAGCUUUCGCCGCCAGUUGCAAGAAUAUGAACGUCGUCUUCAGCGCAGUGCACCGACGGAUAAAGGUGCUCGAGUCGCUCGUGGUCCGGCUGGGCCACAGCUACCUCCUGCUGCUGCGACUAAAGCCAAUGACGAUAACGACGAGCGAACUGCUUCAAUUGGACCGCAACUACCACCACAUCUUAAACGAAAUGUGGAAGCAGAUGAUGAUAACGCGAAGGACCAAACAGAAGACGAUGAUAAGGAGGAGGUGGUCAUCGGGCCAAGUCUUCCUCCGCAUCUGAAGCGUCCCCGUCAAGACAGUAACGAAGAGAAAUCUACCAAGAAGAAGAAGAAGGAGUGAGUGUCCAAGCCACGGCGCAACACGAGCAUACAAAUUAUACAGGCGAUGUAUUGCGUAGCUCUCUUAUUGAUGCUGGUUUAGGUUGUGCGUGGCACGCAUAAUGUAUCCGUCUUCUUGGUACGUAAA